AUGAUAUUCACUGUUAUCGAUACAAUCUUCAGAAUCAUUAAAGGCAUCUAUAAUGAUUACAAAGAACUAUUCUUCGCCGUUUCACAGGAAGCUCGUCUACUGGGACGUCAAAAUUUUGUGUUAGUACCGAAAAACAUUCCUACAAAUUUAUCAGGCAUUUUUGAACGCACCACUUGCAUUAAGCCACGUUCGAAUGACGAUUAUUUCUAUAAUUUUCUUGACUCUCUAACUGAAAUCGAUGCUAGUUCAAAUGGAAAAGCCAUUUUUGUUAAAGAAUGUCGUCGAUUAUUUGCUGAAGAACAGUCAGUACUUCGAGUAAUUGAUGAAUUCGAUAGAACUUAUGUGCCCGAACGAGCCAUUUAUUGGUACACACGUAAUGGUUUUCUUUACAAUAUUCUUAAUCAAGCUCUCCGCCGACAAAAUAUUGAAGCAUUAAUGCUCUUACAUUUCUUUAUUCGAGACUUGGAUGAGCAAAUUCUUGGUGCCCUGGAUCAACAAGAAAAAGAUGAGUGGAAACCCAGUGUUGAUCUCUAUCGUGGCCAGCGAAUGUCGCUAAAUGAAAUUCAAGAUAUGAAAGCAAGUUAUCGAAACUGCUUUUUCUAUAGUUUUCUUUCAACAACAAAAAAUAUUGAAAUUGCUCGAGUAUUCUCAGGAGCGGGGCAAAUUAUGGAAGAUGAACCGGUUCAACCUGUUAUUUUUCAUUUUGAUUGUUCCAUGAUGAAAUUUACUAGAGGUGUUGCGAAUAUUCAACAUCUAAGUAAUAAUGCAGAGGAAGAAGAAAUUCUUUUUUCUCCGCUUUAUAGUUUCACCGUCAGAGAUGUCAAUUAUGAUGAAAACGAAAAGGUUUGGUUUGUCAAAUGUGACAUGUGUGGUGAUGAGACUGACUUGCCAUUAUUAUUGCAUCAACGCUUAAUUAAACUUGAUAUUACUGUUCGUGUACUGAUGAACAGUGUUUCCACCGACGAAGAUUCUGUGGAAACUGCCAGUAAAACAUUUUCUAAUGAUAUGUCUGUUCUAUUAAAUGAACUCAUUAUUCCAGAAGGCAAUAUUGUGACAUUGGAUGAAAACGCCCAAAUACCAAAGAAUACCAAACAUGCGGCCACUGCACUUUUUCUUCUCAAAGGACUACGAUAUUUCAAUGCUGAUUCAUUCGGUCAUAAGUCAGAAAUUCCAACAGAUGCAUUGGCUACACUCUGGGAUUGUUUGGCGACCAUGUGUAAGGAAAAAGGUGAAUUUCAACGUGCCUUGGACUACUUCGAGAGGGCAGACUCUUGUGCUCAAAAUAUUUUACCGACGAUUAUUGCUCGUAAGGUAAACUGA